AGCGGGCCGUGCAUGCGGCGGGCGGCGCGGAUCGCGCUGGCGCUGGCCGGGGACGGAGCGGCGGGGCCGGGCCUGGGCCUGGGCUUUGCCCGCAGCGCUCGCGUCCUCCUGCCGGCCGGCGGCGAGGCACAGCCCCAGCAGCGAGGUACGGCCCGGGGGAGGCGGCGGGGACCGGGUGGGGUGGGCCGGGCACCGCUGAUCCCCCCCCCCCCCCGUUGGUGUCUCGCAGGCUGGACGGAGGCGGUGUCGGCCGCCGCCGGUGCGCUGCGGGCGGGCGGGCUGGUGGCGGUGCCGACGGACACGGUGUACGGCGUGGCGUGCCUGGCGCAGGACUCCGGCGCUGUGCGGAGCAUCUACAGCCUGAAGGGGCGGAACGGGAGGAAGCCGCUCGCCAUCUGCCUCGGGGACGUGGAGCGGCUCUACAGGUACUGCCGUGUCAAUGUGCCGGACGAGCUGCUGCGGGACCUGCUGCCUGGACCUGUGACCCUGGUCUUGCAGCGUUCGGAAGAGCUAAAUAAAGACUUGAAUCCCUUCACAUCGCUGGUUGGUGUUCGUAUUCCAAACCACCCCUUUAUCAGGGAGUUGGCACGAGCUUGCUCUGGACCACUGGCUCUAACAAGUGCUAACAUCAGCUCGCAGGCCAGCACGCUGACGGUGUCGGAAUUCCAAGACCUGUGGCCUCAGUUGUCCUUAAUCAUCGAUGGAGGCCCAAUUGGGGACGUUCAGAGCCCGGAGUGUCGCUUGGGGUCAACUGUGGUUGAUUUAUCUGUGUCAGGGAAGUUCAGCAUCAUUCGGCCUGGCUGUGCACUGACACCUACGGUUGAAAUCCUGACACAGAAGUAUGGAUUGGUACCAGAAUCAUCUUAAGACUUCAGACUUGGAGGAGCUGGCUGAGCAAGCCCAGCUCUCAGCCUUUCUCCAUAGCAGAAGUGCUCCAGCCCUUGGAUCAUCUUCAUACAUCUGCUGUAGUCUGAGAAACCAACCCAGACAUGAGUGCCGACCUCCUCGUGCUGCUGUAUCAUUCCCAAAUACCUGUCUGUUUUGUUAACAUGGUUAGACCUUUGAAAUACAACUAUUUGCACAUUAGACUGUUCUCAGGAUGAGGGUGUGUGUGUGACCCACCCUCCCCUUAACCACUUAUUCCAUGUCUUGGUUUAUUGUCUCUGCACUGAAAGAAAAGCAAAGAUGGAGAAGAUGGUUUUGAGCUUUUACAGUGUUAGAGCCCUGGUGUUCUCUGGCUGUUUCUUUCUGUUCUAAAUGUAAUCAAAACCUGCUACUGAGAUAAAGCUAUAAAUGCUUUUGAAAACUAAAGUAUUCCAAUGAUCCUUGUCUAGGCAAGGGCUCAGAAGGACCUGGCUUCCUCCUAAUACCAAGAGUGAAACAAGCUCUUGGUGUGCUGGUCUUCGUUUUUUAGAUGUGGCUUCUCUCUCUUGACUUUGUUCUGGAAACAGUGCUAAGCUGGGGAGUAAAUAGGGAACGGAUGGAAGUGUCUCCUGGUAUUUAUCCUUCAUUGAAAAGUAAAGUAAAUGGAGCUAUUGUUAA